UCACUGGCUCACUGUCAGUGUUAAACAGGCAGGAAUGUCUCGAUUUUACAACAUUCCCUCAAACGGCUUCGCAAGGAUUCGAAGUGUUCUCUCUGUGCUAGACGCCUGACCUUUUAAUUUCAGCUCGUUUUAGAUAAAAUAAGAAAUUUCGACGUGAAGAACAAUGUAAUGAACUCUACCAGAAGAACUAUGAAGAGCUGUAAAAUAAUUUUGAGAGCCCAGAUGUUCCGUGAAGUUGUGCGCGCGUCGCUCAUAUACGCCUAUAGAGCCUGAGAACGCGCGUUCUUGUGUCAUGGGCUCAAGCAAAGUUAUCUGGAAUGAACUAGACAUGUGGAACAUGUAGCAGUCGCUUGGAGGAGGCAUUACGCGUCUGCUGUCUUCGGCACCUGAAAUACCUGCGUGACAGGUUACCCAUGUUCACCUAGGACAUCUUUUUAAUUGUUGUUUUUAUUUUAUUUUAUUAUAAUUAUUAUUAUUAUUAUUUAUUUUCCCUCUAAGAUGGAGAACGGAAAAUGUGCUUUGUAUAAUCGUAUGUGAAACUCACAGACGUCUGGGUAGAUCGUCUGAGAAGAGGAUGAAAAUAGGAUUUCAGUCCUAUUUCACAGGAUCCUCUGGAUUUUUCGCAAGGAAUUGAAAUGAUAUCUGGCUAAUUUCUGUAUACCAUUUCAGUCUUGUAUAUUUAUUAUUCCCAGUUACUGCGUUAACAGCUGCAACCGUCGAACAGUUCGUUCAUCUGAAUACUCGAGAUGGCCGCGAUCGCCAGUUCUCUUAUCCGACAAAAACGCCAGGCACGGGAAUCCAACAGCGAUCGGGUAUCUGCCUCCAAACGCCGCCCCAGUCCCAGCAAAGACCCCCGCUCUCUCUGCGAGCGACAUUUCCUGGGGGUCUUCAGUAAAGUCCGCUUCUGCAGCGGCAAGAAAAGACCUGUUCGCCGGCGACCAGAGCCGCAGCUGAAAGGAAUUGUGACACGACUGUUCAGCCAGCAGGGUUUUUACCUGCAGAUGCAGCCAGAUGGAACCAUCGAUGGCAUCAAGGAUGAGAACAGUGACUACACUCUUUUCAACCUCAUCCCAGUCGGCUUAAGGGUGGUGGCCAUUCAGGGAGUCAAAGCAGGUUUCUACAUUGGCAUGAAUGCGGAGGGCUUUCUCUACAGCUCAGAGAUGUUCACACCUGAAUGUAAAUUCAAGGAGUCUGUGUUUGAGAACUACUACGUUAUCUACUCAUCCACCAUGUACCGUCAACAGGAGUCAGGUCGAGCCUGGUUCCUGGGCCUCACCAAGGAGGGUCAGGUCAUGAAAGGCAACCGAGUAAAGAAAACCAAGCCCUCUUCACACUUUGUACCAAGACCCAUUGAAGUUUGCAUGUACAGAGAGCCUUCACUGCAUGAGAUUGAAGAGAAGCAACGCUCCAGGAAAAGCUCAGGAACCCCAACAAUGAACGGAGGCAAAGUGGUCAACCAGGACUCCACAUAGCAGGGCCCAAACGCAGGAGGCUACUGCGAAACAGUAGUCUCUUCCGCUCGUCCUCGCACCUCAAACCACAGGAAUAGUACAACACGUUACAAUAAGAUGACAAACUGAACUCUUGCCUAAGAAAACUUUUAGAAGAACACAGAGUGGGAAAAAGAGAAAUAAGAGAAAUAAAUGUUACCGUUCCAAUCAGGAGCUGAACUCACAUUUUAUGCAAAAAAGUUCAGUGGACAGUUAUCUGAUUCACAACAAGUAGUAAUAUUAUUUGGGGUUCAUGUUGUGAGAAAUGAGCUUUAAAAACAUUCUUAUGUGUCCAUUUUCAUGUGAAUGCUUUAGCACCUCUUUAUGCUUUACUGUCAUCAAGAAAAAUGGGAAUGUUUCUCUCUUUGCUCAGUGUCAUUACUAUUGUUUCUGUUUGUGAAUACUCUGCAGAUUUGACUGAGUGUUUUUUUGUUUGUUUGUUUGUUUGUUUGUUUUUAUAUUACCUGAGAGGGUAAAUGCACUUUGUGAAUCCAACUUAUUAAAACAUCAGGAGGGUGUCAUGUAUACUGAAUUAUUGCAGGAAAUGUUUGGAGUGAUAUUAGAGCAUUUCACUGCUUAUUCAUUUUGGUAUAAGGUAAUUUCCACUUUAACACUUUCCUUAAAACAUCUUGGCCGCCUUGAUGCACAUAUGUCCAGCACAAGUACACUGUAUGUGUGAUGCUUGGUUUCAGUUGGAGUGACACUCUUUGUUACGAUGGACAGCUAAGCUUUGGAUGAAAAGCAGAUGAUUUCCUGUGAAUUAUACACAAAUUCCCUUGCACCCAAGCAAACCUACGUAAUCUAGUAAACAACUCAGGAUUCCUUAGUCCUAAAAGUGUGAUGCUGACACCAACCCUGUCCAGUCCAAAGCACAAAGAAGGCCAGUUGCGUUGCCCCUGCAAGGGGUUUCCAGGAAGUCGGCCUGGACAGGGUGGGUGGCUUGUGGACUAGGUGGAGUCUGGCAUUCAUAAGUCUUCCAGUAAAAAUGGCAUGAGAGCUGUGCCCAAGUAUGCAGCAAUGAGGUGCUACAAAACACUUUUAAAUGCAUAAGUUUUCAGAAAGUGUGUUUGUAGUUAACUGAGGAAUAAUCUAAUGAAUAAUGUGUAUGGUACAAAGAGUGUAAAAAUAGGCACGCAAUGCAAAGACUGAAAAGAAAACACUGUAGUCAAAGUGUUUCCUUUUGCUCUGUACAAACAAAACUCUUUAUUUUUCAUGUUUGCAGAUGUUUUCACCUUAAUGAAACACUAUCAUAUACAGUAUGCAUUAUGAAUAAUGAGAUAUAUAAAAUAUGCAUUGAUAUUACAAAACAGAAUGAAAAUAGGAUUGUUUGAGAAUAAAAGUAUGAUACUUAAAGCUUUGA